AUGCUAGAGACCUCCUCAGGGAGGACCCUGAUUUUAAUAAAAUUUAUCGUGUCAGGCAAUUUUCAAAUUGUAUUUUGUGAAAUUCUCAGAUUGUAUAGACUUGACUGGGAGGCUUUAACUGAUAAGAUAAUGGUUCUUCAAGAAGGGAGAAUCUUAUUCAAGCAGUAUAUAAAGAACAAGCCUGUGAGGUAAGGAAUCAAACAAUGGGUGCUUUUUGAAGCCAAUAAAAGCUAUGUCUUUAAUUUUCAAUUCUACCUUGUUCAAGAAGACAGGCAAGAGGAAGAGCACUUGUGCCUACAGUAUAAGGAGUUUAUGGGCAAAGUUGAUUUGGUGGAUCAAAUUCAGCAGAUCUUUAAAGUUAUACACAAGUCAAACAAAGCCUGAAAAAAGUUUUCUAUUAUGGGCUUGAAGUGUGUGUGUGCUAAAUUCCUUCACCAUUUUGAAGAGAAUAAAGCUGACAUGCCAAGAACUCUUUUAUUUUAGAAUUGCCAUUGUGCACCAUUUUUUAGAAGGGAAGAGUUUUCCUGCUGGCCAUCCACUUUCCAAGCCUCCUUCUGUAAAGGAUGCUAGGAGACUUAACCAGCAGUACUAUUAA